AUGCAACAGCAGCAAUCGUACACUGUUGAACACGGUUUCAAUCCAAGCAGUAUUCAGCGAAACAUGAACAGUACUUCAAUACAAGAGCCACAACAAAAUCAUAAAAAACUCGCGCGUGCAAUGACCCUCCUUUUGAUUAUUGCUCUUCUUCUUGUCAUUGCUCUUGCCAUCAGCGUUACAGUUCUCUUUACCAUUGGUUUACAGGCAACACAAUCAAGUAAAAACAGUAACACUACAUUUUCUACCCCAAAUAAUUUAUUCAGGAGCUCUCUCUCUGAGCCCUGUACCUGCGGUUGUCCAUCAAUUGAACCCACAUUCAAUGAUGAAAAGAAAGUGAUUGCAGCACGUAUUAUAAAUGGACAAACAGCACGUGCGCAUUCCUGGCCUUGGCAACUAUUUUUAGUUGUGCAGGAUUCAUCAACAGAUUUAUGGCAUACUUGUGGUGCUACAAUGCUUACGCAAAGACAUUUUCUUACCGCUGCACACUGUGUACAUGGUGGCUUACCACCAAACAUAUUUCUAUUGUCAGGUCGCCACGCUCGUAUGAUAAAUACCUCUAUGGCAGACAUUCAUAUUGUCAAAAAUGUUUACAUUCAUGAAGGCUUUAAUAUAUUUGGUCACAAUGAUCUAGCUAUUGUUACUAGCGAAGAACCUCUUCGUUUCGAUUCAUAUGUCAGUCCUAUUUGUUUAGACAGCCCAAAUUCUCCUCUCCUACAGCCGGACGAAGAGCUUGUGGUCAUUGGAUGGGGUGCUAUACAUGGUGAACCAGAAAAUUUGAGAUUUCCCGACUCUCUGCAACAAGUUAAAGUUGCUUACGUGCCAACAUCGAAUCCGAACUGUUCAAAAAUAUUCGGCUCAAACGUUGCUUUGCAUCCCGGACAAAUGUGUGCUGGAAUUCCGGGUCAUAAUGCAUGUCGUGGUGACAGCGGUGGCCCGUUGAUGCGACGAAAACGUUUGGUCAACACAGAGACUAACUACUAUUGGGAGCAGGUUGGUGUUGCAUCACUAUCGAAGGAUUGUGGUUGGAAUAGUACGUGGCCUGAUAUCUACACUAGUGUGUCAUAUUAUCACGAUUGGAUCGUUGCAACAGUGAAACGCGCUAUUUAA